AUGAACAGGUACGGGUUUGAUAAGAUUGAAAGGGAUCCAACGAAGGCUAUUACUUCAAAUAAUGAGCCUACCCCACAAAAGCCGGAACUUCCUGACACUCAACUUGACAGAACGUUUUUGGCUUAUGCUUCAAGAGAGUUGCCCGAAAAAGUACUCUACCAUUCAAUCAGGGUUUACUUAUACUCUGAAGCGAUCAUGAAGGACUUUUUUAGUGAAUGGCAAUUGGAUAAAACAGUUUUAUUCGCAACCUGCUUGCUUCACGACAUUGGCACAACCGAGAAGAAUAUGGCAGCCACAAAAAUGUCAUUCGAAUUCUACGGGGGAUUUAUAGCGAAAGAUUUGGUAGAAAAGGAAGCAAACGAUCAAACUUUUGCCGAGGCGGUGUGUGAAGCUGUCAUCCGUCACCAGGACAUUGGUGAUACCGGUUACAUCACCACUCUUGGCUUAAUUCUCCAGAUAGCAACCAUCUUGGACAAUGUGGGAAAGCAUUCCCAGUAUAUCCAUGCUGAUACUUUGGAUUAUAUCAACAAGAAGUACAGCCGUGAGGGUUGGCUUGCCUGCUUCGCUGGUUCAACAGAUAAUGAGAACGCCAAGAAACCGUGGGGCCACACGAGUAAGCUUGGUGUACCUGACUUCAGCGAAGCUAUUCUCGCCAACUCCUUGAAUUACACGAAGUAA